AGCCUUGGGGGACUCUGGGCCGUGGGGACUUGGAGGGCAUUUCCCAGAGAGGAGCACCAUGGCCUGCAAGAACGGGUGCUCGAACAGUCAGACCAAGUGGGCCCUUCUGGGCAGUGCAUGCGUGGUUCUGGUGCUCGCCAUCGGAUUGUCCCUGGGCUUCAUACUACAGCAGCGCCACCAGCCAGACUGUGAGCCGGAUGCGGCCUGCCGCCCUGACGCGGACAUGCUGGACUACCUUCAGAGCCAGGGCCAGAUCAGCGAACCGGAUGGCCUGCUGGUCACCUGGUACCAUGCUGCUAACAGCCGGAAGGAUAUGGAAGCUGCCCUGAACAGCAACGCCAUGGUCCUGGAGGCGGACGUCACAGUAGAAGGAUUCAAGACAGCCAACGAGACAGGGGUCCCCAUCAUGGCACACCCCCCAGACAUCUACAGUGACAACACCCUGCAGCAGUGGCUGGAGGCUGUGCUGUCCUCUUCCCAGAAGGGCAUCAAACUGGACUUCAAGAGCCUCAAGGCUGUGGGCCCCUCGCUGGACCUCCUGCGGCAGCUGACAAAGGAUGGGAGAGUCCGGAGGCCUGUGUGGAUCAAUGCCGACAUCCUGAGGGGCCCCAAUGCCCCCAUCUCAGUUGAGGUCAACGCCACAGAGUUCCUGGCCUUGGUUCAGGAGAAGUAUCCUGAGGCCACCCUGUCUCCGGGCUGGACCACUUUCUACAUGGCCUUCUUCGUCCUGAACGUGACAUACAGCCGAGCCAUGGUGGAGAGGAUGCAGGAGCUGGUGGGAGCACUGCCACAGAGGGUCACCUUCCCCGUGCGAGCUGUCAUGGUACGGGAUGCCUGGCCCCACUUCAGCUGGCUGCUGGACCAAUCGAAGAGGUACAGCCUGACGCUGUGGCAGGGUUACUUGGACCCCGUGUCGGUGGACGAUCUCCUCUAUGUCCGAGACAACAGCGCCCCCCACCAAGUCUACUAUGACCUCUUUGAGCCUGUCCUGUCGCAGUUCAAGCAGAUGGCCGCAAAUGCCACACGGAAGCGAAUUUACUACACGGGAGGCAGCCUGAUCCCUCUUCUCCAGCCCCCUGAGGGGGACGGUCUGACUGUGGAGUGGCUGGUUCCUGCCUUCCAGGGCAACAGAACAGAGACAGUCAGCCUCCCAGACAGAGAAGGCAUGAUCCUGCUAAACGUUGGCCUCCAGGGGCCUGCAGCCAAGGACGCUGUGCCCAUCAUACAUGCCCCGGGAGGUCCCGCCCUGACGCUGUCGUCCUGCCUGCUGCAGCUCGCCGGGCGGCCCGGACGCUGGGGUGUCUAUCUGAACAUAACAGAGCCCUCAGCCCUCCGGCCGGCCCUGACCACGCUGGCCCACCUCUCCGCCCACGGACACCUGCCUCGGCCUGUGUGGAUCGGGGCCACCGUCUCCCACGGCAGUUUUGUGGUCCCUGGCCACGUGGCCGGCCGGGAGCUGCUGACAGCUGUGGCUAAGGUGUUCCCCCACGUGACGGUGGCACCAGGCUGGCCUGAGGCGGCGCUGGGCAGUGGCUACGGGGAACAGCUGCUCACAGAUAUGCUGGAGCUGUGCCGGGGUCUCUGGCAGCCUGUGUCCUUCCAGCUGCAGGCUGGGCUGCUGGGCCAGAACGUGGCUGGGGUGGUGGCCAGGCUGCUGGCGGCCUCCCCCCGGGCCACUGUCACGGUGGAGCACAGCCCGGAGAGGGGCGACUAUGCGUCGGUGCGGGCGGCGCUGCUGGCAGCCAGGACUGUGGACCGCACCCGAGUCUACUAUAGGCUGCCGCAGAGUUACCGCAAACACCUGCUGGCGGAUGCUGACGGGGCCUGA